AUGUCGAGUCUGGGCGCGCGCGCGUCCGCUUCCGCAAGCACCAGCAAACUCGCGCACAUUCCCGGAUGGAGCGUCAUUACGCGCUACUCGCGCUCGCACCGCAAAUCCACCUUCCUCAUCGGCGUCUUUACGGGCCUCGUACUCGGGCUCGGCUCGAUCACCUCGGUCUUUUUCCUCGCCGAGCGUCGCGAACGUCGACGUCGGCGCCGCAAACUACGAUCGUACGGACUCGAUGAAGAAGACGAGGAGGAGCGCCGGCGUCGCGAGCUGCGCGGUCGGGACCCCAUCCAGAUCCGCUCGGGCCAGGUGGUGCGUGGCGUCGAGGGUCUCAUCGGCAAUACGCCGCUCAUGCGCAUCAACAGUCUGUCCGACGCCACGGGGUGCGAGAUUCUGGGAAAGGCAGAGUUCCUCAACCCCGCCGGGUCGCCCAAGGACCGCGUGGCGCUGCAGAUCCUGCGCGAUGCAGAGGACGAGGGGCUGCUCUACCCGCACACGGGCAGCUGCAUCUUCGAGGGCACCGUGGGCAGCACCGGGAUCUCGCUCGCAACGCUCGCGCGCGCAAAGGGAUAUCGAUGCAGCAUUGUCAUUCCGGACGAUGUGGCGAGGGAAAAGGUGGAGCUGCUCACCAAGUUGGGAGCGGAGAUCCAGUCGGUGCGGCCGAGGGGCAUUGUGGAUCCGCGCCACUUUGUCAACGAGGCGCGCGCGCGCGCCGAAGCGUUUGGCGACGUUGAACUCAUCGGACCACACCCCACGGGCUUCGGCUCGUCGGGACAGGCAGGCUCUGACGGGGGGCAGGGUGAAGAGUACGUGCACCGUGACGACCUUGUAGUUUCGUCUCGGCGUCCUGCGGGGGAUGUGGAUGCAGAUGCGCCCGAGAUGGUGUCGGAAAACCAGCCGCGCGGAUUCUUUGCAGACCAGUUCGAGAACCCGUCCAACUUUUGGGCGCACUACAACGGCACGGGCCCCGAGAUCUGGCGGCAGACAGGGGGGCUCAUUGAUGCCUUUGUCGCCGGCGCGGGCACGGGCGGGACGCUCUCGGGCUGCGCAGCGUAUCUCAAGCGCGUCUCGUGCGAUCCAGACGAGUCGAUGCGUGGAGGCGGCUUCAUCACACGCCCAGGCUCGGCUCAGGAAGUCCAAGUGGUGCUCGCAGACCCGCAGGGGAGUGGGCUGUACAACAAGGUCAAGUACGGCGUCAUGUACAGUCCGACCGAAGCCGAGGGCAAGCGCAGAAGGCAUCAGGUCGAUUCCGUCGUAGAGGGCAUUGGCAUCAACCGUGUUACGCGCAACCUCCAGAUGGGCCUCCAGUGCAUUGACGACGCAGAGCGCGUUUCCGACGACGAGGCGGCACGAAUGGGCAGAUACCUCAUCCUGAAUGACGGGCUGUUUUUGGGUUCAUCGUCGGCAGUCAACUGCGUCGCGGCGGUGCGCACGGCGCUCAAGCUCAAGCGCGAGCGCGGUGGCGAUCCGUCUCCGGUGGUGGUGACGAUUCUGUGCGACUCGGGCGCGCGCCAUGUGUCCAAGUUUCACGACGAUGAUGCGCUCGUGCGUCUGGGUGUCACCGAUGCCGGCAGUGCCGACAUCUCGGACAUUCUCGAUUCCUAA